AUGGGUAAGGUUAUUUUAGUGACUGGUGCUUCCAGAGGGAUUGGUAAGUCAAUUGUUGAGGCUAUCUUAAACACCAGCGAUGAUGCUGUCGUUUAUGGAGUUGCUAGGUCUGAAGCUCCUUUGAAGGAAAUUAAGCAGAGAUAUGGUGACAGAUUCUUUUAUGUUGUUGGUGACGUUACGGAUGGUGUCGUGUUGAAGACAUUGGUCGACGAUGCUGUCAAGGGCCAUGGCAAAAUCGACUCUGUAGUGGCCAACGCAGGUGUCAUCGAACCGAUUCAGAAUGUUAACAACAUUGUCGUUGACCAGUGGAAAAAGCUGUUUGACAUCAACUUCUUUAGUGGCGUCUCGCUCGUUGGCAUCGCCUUGUCAUAUUUGAAGGAAACACAUGGUAACAUUGUCUUUGUCAGCUCUGAUGCCAGUGACACAUAUUUCGAUUGUUUGGGUGCAUAUGGUUCAUCCAAGGCUGCACUCAAUCAUUUCGCUAUGACGGUCGCUAAGGAUGAGAAGUCUGUUAAAGCUAUUUCAGUAGCACCAGGAAUCGUUGACACUCAAAUGCAAGGGGUGCUUAGGGAUAACACCGCUAUGCCUGAUGAAGCCUUGAGGAGUUUCGCAAAUCUCAAGUCGGAAAGUAAACUAGAUGAUUGUUCAGUCUCGGCUACUGUCUACGCUAAACUGGUGUUGAAUGGCAUUCCAGAUCAGCUAAACGGCAAGUACGUGAGUUACAAUGAUGAGUCUCUCAAGACUUUCCAGACUUGA